AUGGGCCGUGAGAUCUGUAUUCUCCUUGCAUUUGAGGACAUUGUGAGAAUCCAAGCUCAUCGCAGUCUCUCACAUGUCGAGACUCCAGUAAGUACAUACAUAUCACUUGAGACUGGAGCAAUUCUGGAUAUGAACAACGUCUCUUCAGUCAAUAUCUCUGAAGAAGAAGGAAAACCGGUAAAUCAGUUCACUUCUGAUGAGACAGAACCUGCUCUCGACCAAUUCUCAGUUGACCUGAACACCGGUGUUCUCACACUAACAUUUACUGAGACGGUUGACACUGCAAGUGUUGGUGCUGCCACACUUGUACUGCGUGGGAGUACAACAGCCGAACCUAUACAGUUUGACAAUGAAUUGAAUGCCACAUCAAGCAACACUGAGUUUACUGACUGGUACAUCAUAGACAUCAACUUUUCCUUUCAUCAACUGAAUGAGAUCAAGCUGGCUGCAGCAAUGGCUGAUUUCUAUACCCAAAACACCUCCUCUUACAUCAGCUUCCCGACAACGCCAGUACCCGAGGACACUGUGGGCAAUGUGAUAGAUUUUAUCGGCCUCUUUCUAGGACAGCAGGUUUCAAAUUACACUGCAGACACCACGCAACCCAUCCUGAUUGACUUUACAUUCGAUGCAUCAGGCCCUCAAGGUGUAAUAGUUAUGAACUUUUCAGAGCCAGUACUUGCUGAUUCACUGAUGCCUAUAUUCAUCGAGUUCCACAAUUCACCACACAAUGAAACAUCAACAGAGAUUGUUAGGCUCACUGGACAGACACCAGAUACAAACACUAACGGGCUGAGUCUGCAACUCACACUUGCUCAUGACGAUUUCAACAGAUUGAAGACUCUGACAAAUAUUGCUACAUCUUACAAUGAUACGUACCUCUUCCUAUUACCUGGAGCUGUGACAGACGUGUUUCGUAAUGAAGUAUCACAAGAAGGGGGCCGUACUAUACCAGCCAGUGAUAUCCAGUUUGACAGCACACAUCCAGAGCUAGAAAGCUUCAUUUUCGAUCUAAACACUGGAACCAUCAACCUAACGUUUACUGAAUCAGUCAAUGCCAGCACUCUGAAUGUCUCGGGCAUAACCAUACAGUCUGAUGAAAAUAACUCUGAAUACUGGUAUACUCUAAACGGUGGCUAUGGCUCAGACCUUAAUGAACCUGAGAUUGUGCUCAACCUCACUAUCUACGAUCUGAAUGCUAUCAAGGCCAUUCGUGGUCUAGGAACAAGCACAUCUGACACAUUUAUUGCCGUAACAUCUGAUGCUGUAUUGGAUAUGGUAGGCUUCAAUCUGACUGCAAUACCAGAGAACGAUGCUCUCCAGGUAGCCUAUGUCGUUCCUGACAUGACACCACCAACUCUGGAGUCGUUUAGACUGAAUCUGACAACAAAUGAACUCCUUCUUACCUUUGACGAAACCAUCUCCGUAAAUGACACUGACGUCACGCAGUUCACUCUGCAAUCAUCAUCAGACAGUUCAUUUGUGUCCCUUACCACACACUCUAAUGUUUCAGACACCGAUUCGACUGAAGUUGUGAUAACUCUCGGGACGUUUGAUCUCGAUCGCAUCAAGUUAGACACUACUCUGGCCGUGAGCACCGACACGACUCAGUUGGUCCUGGGAGAGGGAGCUGUGCAGGAUAUGGCUGGGCAACCCAACGAAGAACAGAUUGAGAACUCUACCGACACAUUCCCUGACCUGGUUUCACCAACUCUCCUGACAUUCAUGUUUGAUCUGGACGCUGGACGGGUCAUCUUGAACUUUGACGAAGCUGUUAACACCAGUAGCGUUAAUAUUGACGGGCUGUCUUUCAUGAAUGCUGUAAACGGCUCGGUGAUAUUUACCCUCUCUGACAUUACUGUCGUCUCUCCUAAUGGACAGAGAGUCGAGUUGGUUUUGGAAGCAGAAGACCUGAAUUACAUCAAGCAAAACACAAGUCUACUGACAGCCAUGAGAGACUCAUACCUUGCACUGAGUGACAUGUUCAUUGUCGACAUGAACGGAAACAGACUUGUUCCAGUUACCAACAGAAUGGCCGAUCAGUUCUUUUUGGAUGAAACCCGCCCUGAGCUGAUCUCGUUUGAUCUGGAUAUGACUCUGGGUCACCUGAUAUUGAUGUUCAAUGAAACGGUCAAUGCCAGCAGUUUUGAUCCAACGGGAAUAACACUACAGUCUGUGAGUAACUCUGAAAUGCCUCAGACUCAAUAUCAGCUAACGGCUGGGACUCUGCUGUACGAUAUCGAUGACACCGAGUUGAUUCUAGUUGUCGAUACCGAUGACCUCAAUGAAAUAAAAACAAGGAAUAUAGCACGAGACAAUGACACCACUUGGAUGGCGUUGAAUUCCACGACCGUCCAAGACAUGAGCGGGACACCGGUGAGACCUCUGAUAAAUGGAGUGAACACAAAGAACGUGGCAAACUACACUGCAGACCAGAAGUCACCGCAGCUUGUCAACUUUACCCUCGACCUCACCAGAGAAAUGCUGAUAUUGACAUUUGAUGAAACAGUGGAUGCCUAUUCUCUGAAUGUAACACACAUCGUGCUGCAGAACACAUCUACAGAGCCACUGAUGUCCCACCACACUCUCACUGAGGGCAGCAGACCCCUGCUGGAGAACCUACCCGUCAUAGCCGUCAAUCUAAGCCUCACCGAUCUCAAUGAACUGAAGAGGCUAUUAGAUCUUGGCACUGCACCCGAGAACACUUUCAUCUCCUUCUCAUCUGAAACCAUCUCUGAUCAAGCCGGCAACCCCGUGAUUGCUCGACCAGAGAAUGAUGCCCUGAGUGCUGCAUUUGUGAUUGGAGACACCAUUAGACCUUCCUUCCAAGAUUUUGAUUUCGAUCUUGAUCGUGGGGUUCUUACUCUGUCUUUCUCUGAGACUGUAUCAUCUGGUAGUGUAGUGUUUGAAGCAUUCACCUUACACAGUGGACCAUCUGGCAAUGAAGAGUCGUACGAACUUACCGGUGGCGCAGUUAUCUCUGCUGACGGCCCUGUCAUCCAACUUCAACUCUCAGACUAUGACCUCAAUGAAAUAAAACACAAUCCAGACCUUGCCUCGGGGAGUGAUAACAUGUCUGACAACACCUAUCUAAGUCUAACAUCUUCUGCUGUGAAUGACACUGAUGGCAACCCGGUGGAUGACUCACUACUGCCAAGAGGAGCAGUCAACUUUACAUCUGAUACCACCCGACCAGAGCUGACUGGGUUCAUACUAGACCUGGAUGAUGGAGUCGUUACCCUCAAUUUCUCUGAGGCAGUAAAUGGAGUCACACUAGUCACCACUGGGAUCACUCUCAGGAGUACCAACUCCUCCAAUGCCACCUACUACUCCCUGACCGGAGGAUACUUCCAGCGAUCGGAGCAAGACUUCCUCGAAGUAGCCGUCACGGAUUUCGAUCUGGAUAACAUCAAGGCUCUGCUAGACCUCGGAACUACCGAAAACAACACCUAUCUGGACCUUGCCGAUGCCUCCGUCGAGGACACCAGUGGGAAUCCAGUGGUAAACGUGUCUUCUGAGGCUGCUCUGGAAGCUACAAAUGUCAUUCCAGACGAAACACGCCCGGCUCUUAUCACUUUCCACCUGGAUAUGAACUCUGGCAAUCUGACAUUGUCUUUCUCUGAGACUGUUUCUCCCGAAUCAGUUCAGUAUACUGCGUACACUCUGCAAGCACAGCAGUCGUUGACCCUCAACAUGGACAAUGCCGGUCUAUUCUACACACUCACCAAUGGCAGUGUUUCGAUCAUCACCAACACAGAGCUAGUGAUAACUCUCGUGAAUUCCGAUCUGAAUCAAAUAAAGCGCAGACCCAUGUUGGCGACGGAAGAAGAAAACACGUACAUGUCGUUCACCGAGGCUGCUGUCAAAGAUACAAGUGGCAAUGCCAUCUCUCCAAAUGCCAGUAGUAGCGCAGUCAUUGCAGGGAACUACACUGAAGACACCACACCUCCAGAACUUCUGUCGUUCAACCUCGACCUGAACAUUGGUCAACUCAUCCUGCGUUUCAGUGAAACAGUAAAUACAACCACCCUGACCGUACCUUCCCUCCAAAUCAGUGACGUCUGUCCAAACACAGACUUUUACACUCUGGUUAAUGUCACUGCCAACUACACUCUAACUGAAACCUCGUACUUCAACCGCAACGGAAAUGGACUCUGA